AUGCACAAUAUCAUCGACGAGGUCAUACCAGAUUUACUGCCACCACCAGCGUUGCUCUGUUCCCAAGAUGACUCUGAGACACAUUUAACACGUGGAGAUUUCCUCUACUUCCACUAUGGUUGCGAUGGUUUCCAUGAUCAUGGUUGGGGUUGUGCCUAUCGUACAUUACAAUCAAUGAUAUCAUGGAUACUGCACAAACGUCAAUGGCAGUCCGUGUUGAGUGUACCAUCAUUACGGGAAAUACAAGAAACUUUAGUUCGUAUCGAAGAUAAACCUGCCCGUUUUGUGGGUUCUCGUGAUUGGAUUGGUGCCUUAGAGGUAUUCUACACUGUCGAUACUCUGUACGAUGUUCCAUGUAAAAUUUUACACAUAACCCGUUCGGAAGAUUUAAAUCAACAUAUUCCGGAACUUGUGCGCUACUUUCGUGAUUAUGGUGGUUUUGUUAUGAUGGGUGGUGAUAUGGAUGCAGCUUCCAAAGGGAUAGCGGGUGUUCACACUAAUGGCCGGGAUUCAUAUUUGCUUAUUGUGGAUCCCCAUUAUUCUGGCAUACCAUCCACAAUCGAUGAAUUAAUUAAAAAGGGCUAUAUACGUUGGCAAAAUACUAAAGAAUUUGUCGAUAGUUCCUUUUAUAAUCUUUGUCUACCAUAUCUUAAAUAA